AUGACGGAUUUUCAACAUUUUGAGGUCAAUUGUUUUUCCGACUUUUGUGGAAUGCUGCCGUUUUUGUGGCAUGAUUGGCCGGAUCAGUUCUAUCGCAUGUUUUUCUCGCUGUUCUUGCACGCUGGGGUCAUACAUCUCAUUUUCACUAUUUGGGUGCAAAUGUGGUUAAUGCUUGAUUUGGAGAUGCUAAUUGGAUGGAAGCGUAUGGCUAUCCUCUAUAUAGGAUCCGGUAUCGGAGGAAAUUUCGCCAGUGCAAUUUUUGUCCCGUACAAUCCUGAAGUUGGUCCUGCAGGAAGUCAUUUGGGGAUAAUGGCAGCACUUGUCAUUGAUUUAUAUCAUCACAGAAGUAUCAUCGUGAGACCUCAGAGGGAGCUGGGUAAGCAUAUGUGUACAGUUCUCGUAUUGUUUUUAACAGGACUUCUACCAUGGGUUGAUAACUGGGCGCAUCUAUUUGGAUUCAUAUUUGGAUUGCUCAUUACCAUAGUCACUUUCCCUUACCUGGAUUUCGAAUCUCAUGAAAAGCCAAGGCAAGGCUGUCGCUCAUCACUAUCACGGAGGAAUCUUGCAAUAGUUAUGGCACUCAUCACUUGUGUGCUCCUCUACAUCUUAUUGGGAUAUAUUUAUUUCAACAGUAUAGAAGUGAACUGCCCUUGGUGUGAAUAUUUCAACUGUAUUAAUAUACGAUUCAUCACUGGAUCUAAUCAUUUUUGCGACAACAGGGGACAGAAGCUCUCUCAGUGGUUGCCUAUCUAG